AAAAGAUUGGCGGGUUAUGACCCCCAUACCAUUCUAUAAACCGCCAAUCUUUUUGUCACCAAGCCUAAGCCCCCUUUCGCAGGCUGACAGGAGCAUUAUUAUUGGCGGCACCGCUUUCGCCCACGCAAAACUGCUCUCUGUCUGUUACUCCCAAAGCUUGGCCGAGGAUCUAGCGGUUGAUCGUACCAUUCGGUUUCUCAAACUUCCACACGUCCACAAAAACACCACGGGCAUGCUACACUGUACAUCCCAACCAUGGUAUCAUAAGCGAGUCGCCGACCUGUACGCCGUUGUAUAACUGCUUUCUCCGUUCCCCCCUUUCUCUCAGUUCAUGUCCACCGUUCAUUCACUGCCCAGACGAAGCGAUUGCUUCCACCGCAGGACAGCAAGAGAAUUGUCCCGUCUCAACGCUUGAGCCACUCCCACGAUGCCGAAGCCCACAGAGAUCUUAUACUACCUAAUUCACGUGCAGGAAUUGCGAUCCAUCAUUCAAUGGAAAGUCUGGCACAAUCCUGUCCAUGAAAGGGACGAGUCCACGGAAACAGAGUCCACAAAGCAAUGUUUUUACUACUUGGACAAAACCAGUCGAAGUUUCAGCGCCGUUAUCAAAGAACUACACCCCGACCUCCUGCUACCUGUUUGCCUUUUUUACCUGGUUUUGCGCGGGCUGGACACGAUCGAAGAUGACACAUCCAUUUCCCUGGAAAUCAAGGAGCCGUUGCUGCGGAAAUUCCACGAAAACCUCGAGGUCGAUGGAUGGCACUUUGAUGGUAACAGACCAGAGGAGAAAGACCGCGAGUUAUUGGUAAACUUCAGAUAUGUUGUUGAAGAGUACAAAAAGAUGAAACCGGAGUACAAGGCCAUCAUCAAAGACAUCACCGUGAAGAUGGGGAACGGCAUGGCAGACUAUUGCUUGAAUGCCGAAUUUAACGAAGUGGGAGUCACUACCAUUGCCGACUAUGACCUGUACUGCUAUUAUGUGGCUGGACUCGUGGGCGAAGGCCUGACGAGGAUGUUCGUGGAAGGAAAAUUCGGUAACCCGGCCCUUCUGGAUAGACCUAACCUCCACAGGUCGAUGGGUCUUUUCUUGCAAAAGGUCAACAUCAUCCGGGAUGUUCGUGAAGAUUUCGACGACAACCGGAAAUUCUGGCCGCGGGAAAUCUGGUCGCAAUACGUGGAUGAAUUUGAAGAUUUGUUCAGGCCGGAAAACAGAGAGAAGGCUCUCAACUGCAGCUCCCACAUGAUCCUCAAUGCGCUUGAGCACGCCGAUGAGUGUCUUUUCUACUUGGCCGGAUUGAGAGAACAGAGCGUGUUCAACUUCUGCGCCAUCCCACAGUCCAUGGCGAUUGCGACGUUGGACUUGUGUUUCAGGAAUUACGCCAUGUUUCAACGCAACAUCAAAAUCACCAAAGGUGAAGCUUGCCAACUGAUGAUUGAGUCGACGCAGAACCUGCAGGUGGUGGCGGAGGUGUUUCGGAAACACCUGCACUCGAUUCGAAAUAAGAAUCGACCAGAGGAUCCUAAUUUCCUCAAGAUCAGCAUUGUUUGUGGGAAGGUGGAAAAGUUUAUCGAAACUAUCUUCCCGUCACAAAAGGUGGACGAAAUCAUCGCCAGGGGUAAGGCGGAUGAAGCCCGGGCGGCGGGCACAAAGGCGGAUACCGAAGUGAGCGACCGGAAGGAUACGCUGUACCUGUUCGGCGCAGUACUGUUAAUGCUGUUCGUCGUCACAAGUUCUAUGAUUCUCCUGGCGUGGUUGUUGGGUGCCCGCUUUGAUGUUGCCUUCGCAGAAUUGAAGAAAUCCUUUGGUGAGUUGACCGGAGGGACGGUCACUGGAAGGCCGGGCCAGACCCAGACUGCGGUCAGCCCCCCUGGUCAUAAAGAGCUAUGAUACGCUCGAUGCCGGGGUUCAUAUUUGGCACUUCAACUUGUAUAUUAAAUGCUAAUACAACCACCUUAUUUCGCUUCGUUACCCCAGAAGACCCUACAGCCCUGCGGGGCAAAGAAGUCCACUAUCGCUGGCAUGUCCCUUCCCAAAAGCAAGCACGGAUGUCAAAUUGCAACUCAGUCUCAUUCAUUGGCUGUUGUUGUGCCGAAGAUGUGCUGACAUCAACCACACAUGAUGCUCGAAACUGACAAUUGACAGCCCGAGAUAUAAUCUAUGAAGGGACCUGUUACCUUCGAGCAUACAUUCCUGUACCCUUUCUAUUAUUCCGGUGGCCGAAUUACCGGCGGGCACCUAGCACCUAGAGCUUGCUGUCAGUGGUGGCUGACCGACCAGGAUCUCUUCAUGUCUCUUCUUGCCGUGGGGAUCACGCCACAAGAGGAGAAAUAGAGCCCGAUGACAUGGUGCCUCUUGGGCAGUACUGCACGAAGACGCGCUCUGACUGCCUUUUCAACUCAUGUCUGAGUGGCUUGGUGUAACAGUACGUCAUCUUUACACAGAACGUGGAUUUACAUACUAGUACCAGCAAUGUCUGUCCAACUUUGACGGUAACUUCAUCUCACAGAGAGAGAUUUGCGGAACAGUUAUGAUUUGGACGACACUGUACAGCGCAUAGGGAGGGUUCGGUAAUGGCACCAACCCUGAAAGUGUCCUAAAGCGCGUGAACUCCAUAACCGGCCCUGCCCGGCCCGAGCCAGCAGGACCGUGUCUCUUCUCAAGGCUAAGGGCAUUCCAGGUACGGAGGCAGGGGAUAGCAUCGAGAGAUGAAGCGACCCUGGCCGAAUACUGUAUACUGGAACAAUGUCAGUCAUGUACCGGUCACCCUAUAGUAGUACUGUAGAUGAGAAACCCACGAAGAAGACCCGGGACCAGAGGUUGAGUGCGAGGAAUACGCGUCCCGGAGUUCUGCAAAGAAACAACGAAGUUUUGCAGUUGGUGCUGCGAAGCGCCACAACGUCAUCGUUAACCUGGAGUGCCGUUCAAG